AUGACAGAAGAGAGCAGGUUCUGCAAAAACUGUAAAUGAGAUGUGUCUGCUGCAAAUUUCUUCCUCCAUGAGGCCCAGUGUUGGUGGUUUCUCACUCUCUGUCCAGAAUGCGAUGAACCAGUUGCCCAAAAGGAUAUGAAGGCCCAUCAAACAGAAGCACAUAAGCAGGUCAGAUGUAAUCUUUGUCACCAAAGCAUGCAGCAACACCAGUUGUACCAUCAUGAGACCAAGGAAUGCCACAAACAAGCAGUGAAAUGCAGGGUUUGUGAGCUUGAAAUGUCCUUCCACAAGCUGGAACACCUGAGCACCUGUGCCAGCCGAACAGAGCGGUGUUGGGAGUGUAACAAAUGCAUCAUGUACAAAGAUCAGGACAAACACAAAGGUAUUUGUCAGAACAGUGAUCUGUCCUAUCAUAAGAAUGUGAACUUUCAAACCAGUGAAGCAUCCACUAACCCAACAUCUAUUUGCCCCACUGGUACUGGUGGCAAUCUUCACUGGAAGUGCAAUAAGUCAUUCCGAGAUGACCAGUACUCCCAAUAUCUGAAUAAAUGCAGUGCAGCUCAUAAGCUGACAAAGGUUCUUGCUAGCCAGUCAGCUUCAAAACUCAGCAGUGAUCCAUCGCAAUCUUCCUGUCUGGCUCCUUCUUCCUGCUCUGAGAAUGCAAUGGCACGGAAAGAUGUGUGUCCCAAAGGGAAAGAAAGGAACCAGCCAUUGACCUCCAACACUUUGCUUGAACUCUCAAAGAACAAAAAGAUUGACUUUCCCUCUCCCACAAGAGACUGACUUUCCACAUCACCUCGAGCUCUUAAGGACACCCAGUCUUUUGACAUGCUGGUGACCUGCGUUCAUUGCAACAUUCUUCUUGCUCUUCCAACCCUUUGGAAACAUGAGAACAAAUGUCUAUUUUUGACAUCUUUGAAAAAAGCCAGGGUGAAACAAGAAUCAAGCCGUGAAGAAAAAG